AUGGCAACGAGAAAAUUAAGACCCUACGUUCAAGCCCAUGCCAUAACAGUGUUGACAGAUCAGCCGUUAAGACAGAUUCUACAGAAACCAGAGUGUUCAAGAAGGCUAACCAAGUGGGCAGUUGAACUUAGUGAAUACGAUAUCUUCUUUGAGCCCAGAAAGGCAAUAAAGAGGCAGGCAUUGGCAGACUUCAUAGUGGAAUGCACUCACUCACCAGUGGCAGAAGAAGUUUGCAUGGAAGCAUGGAUGUUGUUCGUGGAUGGAGCGUCUAAUGCCAAUGGAAGUAGGGCAGGAGUGGUAUUAAUCUCCCCCGAGAAGGAAGUGUUAGAGUAUUCCCUAUGCUUCAUCUUCCCUAGCUCAAACAAUACGACAAAGUAUGAAGCAUUGUUAACUGGAAUGAAAUUGGCUGAAAAAUUGGAGGUAAAAAGCCUGAUCGCCCACAGCGAUUUGCAAUUGGUAGUACAACAGUUCCAAGACACUUUUGGAGUAAGGGAAUCGCUCUUGGCCCGUUAUCUACAGAAGGUGAAGGAGCUUGCUCCCAGGUUUGAAUGCUUUGAACUUAUUCAGAUCAACAGGUCUCUCGACCAGCACGCUGACGCACUGUCCAAGUUGGCCUCCGCUCGAGACACCCCGGGACAAUUGAUUCACAUGGAGAGAGCACCAGUACUGAAAUAUCUGCUUAAUCAAGAGCUUCCAGCAACACCCUCGGAGGCCAAGAGGCUGAAGACCAAUGCAGCUCAUUUUAUAGUCAUUGGCCAAGAGCUAUAUAAGAGAGGGUAUUCUGUGCCAUUACUCAAGUGCUUAGGGACCCAAGAGGCAGAACAAGCUCUGGAAGGAGACUGCGGUGAGUACCUCGGCACUAGAGCGUUGGUUGGAAAGAUCCUGCGAGCUGGUUUCUUUUGGCCCACCCUGAAGCAAGACGCAGCCCAAAAAGUGCGGACAUGUGAUAAAUGCCAAAAACAUGCCCCUUUGACAGUACGACCCCCUUCGUCUAUCCAGUCGAUAUGUCAGCCGUUGCCAUUUGGACAAUGGGGGUUAGACAUUUUGGGUCCAUUUCCUAUGGCGUCGGCACAAAGGAAACUCUUAUUGGUGGCCACGGACUACUUCACAAAAUGGGUCGAAGCUGAACAACUAGCAACCAUAACCAAGAAAAGAGUAGAGGGGAUGGUGUGGAAGGAUAUAAUAUGUCGCUUCGGUAUACCCCGUAUUCUCAACACGGAUCAUGGAACGCAAUUUGAUUCUGAAGCUUUCUGGGCCUUUUUCCAGAGGUAG